ACAAGGCGUGUGAAACUCAGGUCUGAAUCCACAGCACCUUCUCUCAGCCCGGACGGUCCGCAGCUCUGCGCUGACUCUGCAGAAGGAAACCAUCGGGGGAGUGUAUGAAGGCGUUUUUUAAGCGUUUUUCUUAAGGUAGGACAAGCAGUUACAAGACCGCUUCUGGUUGUCAGCGAUCCUUUCUGUUUCCUUCACUUCUUCGGUUUACGGUUUGGGGAAAAGAAGAGGGGACAGACUGUCGUGGUCCUGCGUUCCUCUCCGUGAGACCGAAGCGUUUCCAAACGUCUUGACGCGCGUUUUUCUCAGAGAAGGAGCCCGGACACAGUGGUUCUCGGUAUAAAAAGAGUGACUGUUGUAUACUAAAAACUGACAUUAACGGCUAUGAUACGUCUGUGAAAGAAACACCGACGUUGAAUCAUCUCACACUGCGCGCAGGAUUGAAGAGGAGAAAGUUCCCCACUUGAGGGCGAAAUCAGACUUUUUGAGGACGCCAAGUUUGAAAAGUGCCAGGAGCCCCGGGGUCUUUCAGAUACAACAUGCAGCAAUGUCCAAGGAGGCAGAGUUGGAUGUGAGAGGCAGUGAGUGCGACACGGUCCCACAAGAGCCCAGCACAGACCCGGAGCCGCCCAGGCCGCCUCCAGCUAAGGCUAACGGACCAGAAGGCACAACUGGCAUUUGCACGAGCAUCCCCUCCAGUAGCAACAGUAGCAGCACCAGCAGCAGGCAGCAGCAGCACAAGUGGUCUGGGUGGCAUUAGCAUCGUUAGCAGCAGCGCUGAGGGAGCAGGCGAAAGCUCCAUGCAGUUCAGCACCAGACCGCCUAGUGCUGAGCAGCCGGGCUUCAUGGGGACAUGGCAGCAGCAGAGCACUGACAGCAACCUCCUCUACAGAAUGUCCCAGCAGGCCAUUCGCUGCACACUGGUGAACUGCACAUGCGAGUGUUUCCAGCCGGGGAAGAUUCACCUACGCACAUGUGACCAGUGCAAACACGGCUGGGUAGCUCACGCUCUGGACAAGCUCAGCACCCAGCAUCUGUACCACCCGACCCAGGUGGAGAUCGUACAGUCCAACGUGGUGUUCGACAUCAGCAGCCUGAUGCUGUACGGCACCCAGGCCGUACCGGUCAGGCUCAAGAUCCUGCUCGACCGCCUCUUCUCCGUGCUGAAGCAGGAAGAGGUGCUGCACAUCCUGCACGGCCUGGGCUGGACCCUCCGAGACUACGUCAGGGGCUACAUACUGCAGGAUGCUGCAGGCAAGGUGCUGGACCGCUGGUCUAUCAUGUCCCGAGAAGAGGAGAUCAUCACCCUGCAGCAGUUUCUGCGCUUUGGUGAAACCAAAUCCAUUGUAGAGCUGAUGGCCAUUCAGGAGAAGGAAGGUCAGGCAGUUACAGUUCCCUCCUCCAAGACAGACUCCGGUAUUAGGACGUUCAUUGAAAGCAACAACAGAUCCCGCAGUCCGGGGAUCAUUACACAACUGGAAAGCAGUAGCCCAUCAAGCAUUCACCAUUUUGAGAAUAUCCCUAACAGCUUAGCCUUUCUCCUGCCCUUCCAAUACAUCAACCCAGUCUCUGCUCCCAUGCUCGGCUUGCCCCCUAAUGGCCUGCCUAUGGAGCAGUCCGCGCUCCGGCUCCGGGAGCCGAGUUUGCCAAACCAAGGAGAACAGGUGGAGACCAGUGAGUCAGAAGUUUCCCUUUCACCCUUCCGCUCAGGCCAGAGCCCUAGCCGUGGAGCCCUUGGAGGCAUUAACAACAUUGAACCCAAGACAGAGCCCAGUAACAGGGCAUCACCCAUCUCACCGACCCCUUCCACGCAUCAUGCUCAACAACAGCAGACACAGCUCCAACAGCAGCAGCAUGGCCAACAGCAGUCCCAAAAUCACUCUCAGCAAACCAACAGUUUGAAUGACCACCAGGUCCACCACCGCUUCAUAAAGGACGAGCAGUCAAAAUCCAUCACCCAUGGCUCCUUUUCCUCCAAGAUGCAUCGCAUGCGGCGCAUGGGAUCCACCUCACGCAAGGGACGUGUCUGUUGCAAUUCUUGUGGCAAGACCUUUUAUGACAAAGGCACACUAAAGAUACAUUAUAAUGCUGUACACCUGAAGAUCAAACACCGUUGCACCAUUGAAGGAUGCAAUAUGGUCUUCAGCUCCCUACGCAGCCGCAACAGACACAGUGCCAAUCCCAAUCCACGGCUGCACAUGCCCAUGCUGCGUAACAACCGUGACAAGGACCUCAUCCGCUCGACCACUGGUACACCUGUCAUCUCAAGCACCAAACAUGGUGGCUUCUCACUUACCAGCCCUGGGAGGCCACCACUGGGUUUCACUACUCCACCAGUAGACACUAUGCUUCAGUCACCCCUGCAGAGCCCACUGGUCUUCCCUUCCAUGAAGUCAGUUCAGCCUGUCCAGCCAGUGCCCCCAUUCUAUCGCACACUACUUUCCCCUGCGGACCUUGUCAGUCCUCCAGUGUCGCUGCCGACCAGCCCAAUCUUACCUUCAACAAUCAACAGUACCACUCUGAUGGACCAACAACAGCAUCUCCUGGCUGUUGCUGCAGCAGCAGCUUCACACAAUAAUAUUCAUAUGUCAGAUGCAGGACCAAUGUCCCAUCGCUUUAAUACACACAAUGCCAAUCACUGACCUCA